CAAACUGAAUACGGUUUAAUUACAAUAUUCUUCAGAAUGAAAUUCAUUUUAGUCCUGGCUUGUUUAGCACUCUACGUGGCCCACAUACAGGCACAGAAAUGUCGUGGACUUCCCCUAACCCAAAACUGUCGAGGUGGCAGAAAUUCGGGACAUCUAGAUGGAAGUACCUGCAGAGAUAAUUUAAACAACAAUAUGUGGUACUACAAUAGCGACAGUCGUGAAUGCCGAUCGAUGUCCUAUUUGGGCUGUGGCGGCAACAAUAAUCGUUAUUGCACCAAGAGGCAAUGCGAGCGCAAUUGCAUAAGACGUAGCUAAAUUUCAACUGUAAUGAGAAUAUAAAAAUAAAUUGAUACUGGCAUAAUUAAAAACAAAAAUUCAUUUUA